AUGGCGUGUUCAAGUGAAAAGAUCCAGAAAUCUCCUAGGGUUAUAGCUCCAGCUGAUAGGAUCAGCACUCUACCCGAAUCAUUAAUCUUCCAUAUCCUUGCCUUUCUCCCGACCAAAGAUGCAGUUGCGACCAGUCUUUUAUCCAGAAGCUGGAAAUCUCUCUGGACCAAAGUGGCCACACUCAAUUUCGCUCUGAUAGAACCCGAAAAGCAUGAUCCAAGAAGAAGGCAGGCUUUUGUGCACUUUGUUGACAAAGUGUUACUUGGAAAUGAUGUUGAAUGCUUGGACAAGUUUCGGCUCCAAUGGAUCACCACCCAUAAAUGCCAGCCGAUUCACGUCAAUUGGUGGUUAAGCCAUGCAAUAGCUCGGGAUGUCCGGGUUCUUGAUCUUCAUGUUAAUUCCGCGAAAUAUAAUUCUCAGACCGAGCUAUCCGGUAAGGUUUUCAUUUGUGAAUCUCUUGAAUGUCUGAGAUUAGAAGGACCCAUCUUGGUUAAAGUCCCUGACGUGGUUUCUCUUCCCCUGCUGGAACAAUUAGAUCUUAUUAAUGUUAAAUUUUGCUAUGCACAGUGUUUUCCUAAGCUUAUAUCUAGUUGUCCUGUGCUUCAUUCACUUAAAUUUCAAGAAUGUUGCCAACUUAGACAGCAAGCUCUUAGGGUUUCAUCCCCUUCACUAAGGUUUCUUGAAAUCCGUUUAAAGAGCCAAGUUCCUUUGGUGAAGAAGAUGGAAAUAGAUGCACCUUCCCUUGAAUCCCUCAAAUAUGAGGAUCGUUUUGGCAAAUUGUGUGUGAUAGAAAGGCCAAAUUUUGUGAAUAGAGGGGAGCUUUCGAUAUCAUCUUGUACUCAUUCUGUCGAGCUAUGUAAUUCGAUUGUGGAGAUGAUUCAAGCUUUGAAUAAUAUAGUCUCUCUGAAACUCUAUGGAUCAAUAGUCAAGGCCCUCAGCCUAGCCACUAUCCCAUUGUCAACGAGGUUCGAGAGGUUAACCGAAUUGGAUGUCCAUCGCGAGUGUGGAGAUUGGAGCUCCCUGAAUGUUAUGCUUGGGUGUUCACCAAAUUUACGAGCACUUAAGAUUACAAAGAGUAAAUGUACCCAGUGCACUCAUGGGGGAUGUUGGAGUGAUCCCAAGGAGGUUCCUAUGUGCUUGUUUUACAGCCUCAAAGAAAUCUCAUUUUCAAACUUCCAAGGAUUCAAACAUGAGGUGGCAAUGAUAAGAUAUGUUUUCAAGCAUGGUGUCGUGUUGAGAAGAAUUCAUCUGAGGACCGGAGCAGAUGACCCCAAAGAAGAGUUACAAAUCCUCAACAAGGUUACGGUACUUCCUAGACGAUCUUUUGCUUGUGAAAUCCAUUUCAAUUGAGAUACCGUACAGUUGUUGUUCUUGAUACUAUUAUCCUGUAAGAUAUCAUCAUUCUCGAUUAAUAGCUUUCCCCGGUAGCCCA